AAAGAUGGACUGCUGCGAGUUGGUGGACGAUUAAAACAUUCACCUCUUAGUGAAGAUUUUAGAUAUCCACUGAUUUUGCCAAAACACAGCCAUGUUACUCAUCUUAUUUUGUCUUACUGUCACAAUCAAGUAAGUCAUCAAGGCAGAGGUCAAACUCAAAUGCAGGUCCGGCUUAAUGGGUUUUGGAUUAUUGGCUGCAGCAGGUUGGUGGCUCAGAUGAUUCAUAAAUGUGUGCAGUGCAGGAAGAUCAGACGUCCAGUGGAAGAACAACUUAUGGCUGAGCUUCCAAAAGAACGCUUGGAAGCAUCUGCACCAUUUACCUAUUGUGGAAUGGACUGUUUUGGUCCUUUUAUUGUUAAAAGAAAUCGUAAGGAAUACAAAAGGUAUGGGUUGUUGUUCACCUGCCUUUAUUCAAGAGCUGUUCACAUUGAAAUGUUGGAGGAUUUGUCCACAGAUUCUUUUAUUAAUGGCCUGCGCUGUUUCAUUAGUUUGAGAGGAGCCGUUCGCCAGAUAUAUUGUGAUCAAGGAAGAAAUUUUGUAGGAGCCCAAAAUGAGUUUAAACAAUGUGGUCCUAAACAUUUGGAGUCUUUCCUGGCAGAAAAUCAAUGUGAGUUCAUUUUUAAUGCACCAUCAGCAAGUCAUGCUGGUGGUGUUUGGGAGCGUCAGAUACGAACCAUUCGAAAUGUAUUAGCUUUUACUCUAUCACAAAACUUGGGAAAACUUGAUGAUGCUUCAUUAAGAACUUUCUUUUAUGAAGCCAUGGCCAUAAUUAAUAGUCGUCCUUUAACACUGAAGGGAAUGAAUGACCCUGGUUCUCUUGAACCUUUAACUCCUAACCAUCUGCUUCAGAUGAAGUCUGAGUCUGCCUUGCCUCCUGUAGGAAAAUUUGUGAGGGAGGAUAUCUAUUCCUCAAAACGUUGGCGCCGUGUGCAGUUUCUGGUUGAGCAGUUUUGGAGUCGGUGGAAGAGAGAAUACCUCCAGAAUAUUUCCAUUAGACAAAAAUGGCAUGUAGUUCGGCGCAAUUUAAAAAUAAAUGAUAUUGUAAUAGUAAAAGAGGAUUUUCUCCCAAGAAAUAGGUGGCAGUUGGGUCGUGUUGUUGAAACAAUUGUUGAUAGCGAUGGCUUGGUUCGAAAAGUAAAAUUGAGGACAGGAGAACAAAGAUCAGGUAGGGAUAUUAUUUCUAAGAGUUCAGUAAUAGAAAGACCGGUGCAAAAAUUGGUGGUGUUAUUAGAAAAUGAUUUGUAAACUUAAUGUACACAGACGAGCAUGUUUUUAAACAAUCUGCAUGAUUUUUUUUUUAAAAAAAAACCUUUUAAAUAAUGCAUAAUUUUAGUAAUGGUUCAUGCAUUAUUGGUGGGAGUGUAACGGAUUGUAAAAUGAAAUGUCUAAAUUAUUUGUAGUUUAUUUAAAUUAAACUAUUUAAAUGAAUUUCUAAUUUAAGACUGUUGCAGAUUGUUUAUGUAUGUUUGUCUGUUUUGGUUUGCAUUGUUGGUGAUUUAUUUGGUUUAAUGGUAUUUUGUAAUGUUUUGGGAUUUUUUUUGUUUAAUACGUACCUCACGGGCUGCCGUAGAGAAAGAGGGCAGGGCCUAUAAAACUGGGGAAUUGCAGUGAACCAAAUGAACUGUCAAACGUUGGACUAAGAAAUGGCGUUCCCCAGGAAAGGCAGCGAGUUUUCACGGUGAUGGUGAUGAUGAUGGUGAUGAUGAUGGAGGUUUUGAAGUCAAGUGACCUGACGAUGAUCCAGCAAAAUCAUCAAAGGAGAAAUAAAGCCAAUAUCACCUGUCGA